AUGAGCAACACACUUGUCGGUCCAGGAGUACUCCGCGACAUGCUCGAAUACCCGUCCACCACCGAAGGAAGCAUCAUGGUCGGUCGUAACCCCAACAAUGGAUCCCACCAUUACCAACAACACCACCACUCUUCAUCGACCAACACACGUUCAGGUCCCUUUGGCGGACUACAAGGUCUCCUUGCCACACCUACUUCAACCAUCCGCACCCGAUUCCGUCGUUCGUACUUUGGACAGUUUGUCUUCCUUGUCGGGUUAUUGUCGUUAAUUAUCUUCCUGCAGGAUUCUAUGUUGUCUUCAUCCAAGGAGGGCGGAGGGAAGGUGACGCCUGUGGUUGUGGUGGGGAGUGAAGAGGAUGUUUUAAGUGGGAGGAAGGAAGGAUUGGGGGAGUUGGGUGGUGGGUACAGUCGUGUCCAGACCGUCACUACCGCCAUUGCACAGGAUUCAUUAUUUCGACAACAGCAACAGCAAAAGAAACAACAACCCUCACCAUUACCGUCGCCACCACAAAGACAGCAAGAACCAUUACAGGACGAGAAGGAGGAACGCUUGUUGGAAGUAGAGAGGUUGUUGCAAGCUGACGAGGAAGAAGCAGAGGACAUGACUGAGAUUGAGGCGGCAGUGAUGGUUACAGCCACUUUGGCCGAGCCCAAUGUUGUCACGUCUCCUACGACCAGUGAGAAUAACAACGAUGAUCGGAUAAGCGGAAUGAAGAAGACGACGAUGGAGUGGAUGAAGACAUUUGCAAGCCUCCUGAUCGGACAUGGAGACCUUAAAGAUGAGGAUAUGGUAGUGAUUGAGCAAGGACAGCGCAGGAAGCAAGUCAUGGUGGACGAUGAAGGGCUGGCGGUGUUUACCGCAGAGACCAAGCAACUGGGUCAAGAAGCCGAGAUUGUCUCUUUGCCAGCGGUGGUGAUUAUGGACGCCCUCGGUCAAGAGUCAGUCCCCGAUUACCAAGCCCUCCCUAUCAAUCCUACUACCAACUCACCAAAAGCACCACAACCACAGCCAGAGCCGAUCCACGCAAAGUACCAAUGGACAAACAGCAGGAUCCAAAAGGCCUUCGACCCCGCCUUCGAAGCCUUGUCCUCGUCCUUCCCCCCAGUCGCACCACGCCCUCAAGACAAGGGGGACAAGAUGUCUCGUCUCGAGAUUGUGACAUGGCAGCAAGACCAGGACUUGACCGAGUGCAGGGGACAGAAAGAUAACUAUGAGCAUGAUAUUGAGAAUUUGCGACAUGUUAUUGAGGAACAGGAAUCGGAUCUGAGUGAUUUGAGGGAGCAGGUUGAGGCGCUGAAGGCGCAAGCUGCUGCUUUUGAGGCUGAGCUCGAGUAA